GAAUCGUCGGCUAGUAGCUAGAAAGCGACCGCCGGUCACUGUGAGUUGCUUCGGGUCCACGGAGGAGGGAAAGGGGAAGGCAACGGGCGUCGAUGAGCUCCAGCUUCCCACGGUCUCCCUCCCCGGUCCUCCUCAACAUAGGGGGGAAGAAAUAUGCAACAACAAUUGAUACACUUACUCAGCGUGAGCCUGAUUCCAUGAUUGCAGCAAUGUUUAGUGGUCGGCAUACUGUUUCUCGCGAUUCUGAAACGGGGACGAUAUUUGUUGAUAGGGAUGGGAAACAUUUCAGGCAUAUUCUGAAUUGGUUGAGAGAUGGGGUCAUUCCCAUGCUCAAAGACUCAGAAUAUCAAGAGCUGUUGCGGGAGGCUGAAUACUAUCAGCUACUUGGAUUGGUUGACCAUAUAAACACAAAUUUGAAUAAGAAAAAGGAUGAAGAUGGCUCAGAACCUGAAUUAACACGUACAGAGAUCAUCAAAUGCAUUCAGUCUGAGAGAGUGAAAUUUCGAGGCGUGAAUCUUUCUGGUCUUAAUCUUUCUAAACUAGACCUAUCAUUUGUUGACUUCAGUUAUGCACGUAUUCAGAAUACCAACUUUUCAAAUGCAAAUCUCUGGAAAGCUAGAUUUGGGGAUGCAGAAGCAGAAGGUUCUAUUUUUCAAGAUGCAAAUUUGCGUGAAUGUGAGCUUAGUGGGGCAAAUCUUCGUGGAGUUGUAUUGGAUAGAGCUAAUCUUCAGAGUGCAAAUCUGCAAGAUGCAUGCUUGAUAAAGUGUAGCUUCUGUGAAGCUGAUCUUCGUUCCGCACAUUUACAGAGUGCAAAGCUUACGGAUGCCAAUCUUAAAGGAGCUAAUCUGGAAGGAGCCAAUCUAAAGGGUGCAAAGCUGAAUGGUACAAAUUUGCAAGGUGCAAAUCUUCAACGGGCUUACUUGCGGGAUGUUGAUUUACGUGAUACCCAAUUGGAGGGAGCUAGGCUUGGUGGUGCAAAUCUACUGGGAGCCAUCAGAUAAUUCAGUGGCAGCAGAAUAUUCAACAGAACCUCCCAUCCAAGGAAACAUGAGUGAUUUAUACAUUGACCUGUCUUGAGACUGCAAAUGUUCUAUGAAGUACCUAUAUGAGAUGGUCUCCUAGUCCCCCUUGUGCUGUACUACUUUGAAUAUUGCUUUCCCAUGAUGAAGAAACUUGGAACGGUUUUAUCUUUUUGUUGUACGAGAGUUGCUUGUAAUUAUGCCAUUGAAACACAAUGGAGUUCGAAAGUGCUAUCUAGAUGGGAGAAAAUUUGUUGUUGCAGAUAUUUUCUGAAAAUGGGAAAUGCAUUUGGAUUUAAGCUUUUUGUUCCCCA